AUGGCGGGGAGGCGAGACGACGGCGACGGAGCAGACGGCGAGGAGGCGGACGACGGCAAUGGGGCGGACGGCGAGGAGCCGGGACGAAGGCAAUGGGACGGACGGCGAGAAGGCAGGACGACGGCAAUGGGCGGACGGCGAGGGGGUGGGUCGACGGUGACAGGGUGGCUGGCGAUAACGGGAGUAGCGGCGACAGGGUAG